GCCAGGCUCCUGGCUGUGGCGCUGGGAAUUGUGGGCCCAAUUGCCUGCUAGAGACUGUGUGUGGAGUCAGGACCUCAGGAACCAGCCCUGCAUCUGGCCAGAGGGCCGCUGGGUUAUGGCAUUUCUCCACCUGUCCCCUGGGGCCUUCAGGCCUUACAGCUGACCCUGGGGGCGGUGGCUCAGGCCUGCCCCGUUGCUCAGGAGUCAGAGGGGCGGCAAAUUUUUAACCAGAUGCAUUGAUCAUUAACAGUGGGUAGGAAGGAGGCCGGACUCAUCCUCAGCCGAGGGCACAGAGCGGCUGGGUCUCGGGCCUCCUGCGGAGAUGCUGAGGCCUCAGCUGUGGUCCUGCAUGAGGCAGGGGCUGCGCGGGGGCUUGUCCAGGAACGGGAGGGGCUGGGCCUCGGGGGCCGGGAGGAAGGUGGACGUGGCGGGCAUCUACCCUCCUGUGACCACGCCGUUCACUGCCACGGCAGAGGUGGACUAUAGGAAACUGGAGGAGAACCUGCAGAAGCUGGGUACCUUCCCGUUCCGAGGCUUCGUGGUCCAGGGCUCCACCGGCGAGUUCCCCUUCCUGACCAGCAGCGAGCGCCUGGAGGUGGUCAGCCGUGUGCGCCAGGUUAUUCCCAAGGACAAGCUCCUGCUAGCUGGCUCCGGCUGCGAGUCCACUCAAGCCACAGUGGAGAUGACAGUCAGCAUGGCGCAGGUCGGGGCUGACGCCGCCCUGGUGGUGACCCCCUGCUACUAUCGUGGCCGCAUGGACAGUGCUGCCCUCAUCCAUCACUACACCAAGGUUGCAGACCUGUCCCCAAUCCCUGUGGUACUAUACAGCGUCCCAGCCAACACAGGGCUGGACCUGCCUGUGGACGCGAUUGUCACACUUUCCCAGCACCCGAAUAUCGUGGGCAUGAAGGACAGCGGUGGUGACGCCACCAGGAUCGGGCUGAUCGUGCACAAGACCAGGAAGCAGGACUUCCAGGUGCUGGCUGGAUCGGCUGGCUUCCUGCUGGCCAGCUAUGCCUUGGGCGGUGUGGGGGGCGUGUGUGCCCUGGCCAAUGUCCUGGGCGCCCAGGUGUGCCAGCUGGAGCGGCUGUGUCUCACGGGACAAUGGGAAGAGGCACAGAAGCUGCAGCAUCGCCUCAUUGAGCCAAACUCUGCGGUGACUCGGCGCUUCGGGAUUCCGGGGCUGAAGAAAGUCAUGGACUGGUUUGGCUACUACGGAGGCCCCUGCCGUGCCCCACUGCAGGCGCUGAGCCCUGCUGAGGAGGAGGCCCUGCGUGUGGAUUUCACCAGCAAUGGCUGGCUCUGAGAGCAAGCGGGGGACCUGCCUGGCUGAGCUCGUUGGUCUCCUGCCUUGCACCUGCAGCUUGAAGGCGUGUGGGAGAAGCAAGGGUACUGACCUCUUUUCCGUCUGGGGUCUUCCGGCACUCUUAUCCUCAUAGCCCCGUGACUUCCCACGUUAUUGUAUCCUGCAUCUGAGUCUCUGAGCCUUCAGGCUGGGAAGGAGCAAUGUCUCACGGUCUCUACUGCACAUGUGUUCCUGUGACCCAAGGCACUUGAAGCCACAGCAAGAGAGGAAGGGUGGGGGGCAUCUGGGCACAAACAGGUCUUACUGACGGGAUCACUACCUAGACUUGGGGCUACAACCCUUAGGCUUAGGUAGCCAGGGCUACCCUAAGAGCCUGCGUCUGGCUCCUUCCAGGGGUAGCGGUAGGUUGGGAACCUGGUUGGAGAAGCUGCUGGUCUUGGAAGGGCCAGCUGCUUUCUACCCAUCACACCCUUCCCCAUCUACCUGCCUUCGCCACACAUUCUUGUCCCCAACUCAAUUCAACUGUUAAUGCAGGGAGACGGCCCGGCUCCUUCAGACUGCUAAACCACGACACCUGGUGGAUAGACGUUACAGUCUAGAGACUGCAGUGACCGGCCCAGGUCCAAAACAGUAGGAAAGGGGCACUUGGCCUUGAGACAGGGCCACAUUUUGCCUAUAGGCUGUCUUCUUUUAUUAUUAAAAAGAAUCACUUCGUUACUCUAAUAAAGUUUAAAGUAAA